UUGAAGGCAAUUGUAUUAUAUGGAAACUUGAAUUACAACGAGUCGAUUCAAUCCAGGUAAUGGAACUCCUUCCCAUGAAAAAUCCAGUAACCGAUGUGUGAGAGGAGAAAGGUCCAUUCUCCUUCUGCAUGGAUCUCUGGGAAGCAAGAGAUGGGUCUCUGGUAUCAUUAAUAAUUAACAGAAGCUCAAAAUUUGGCAGCCGAAAAUAUAAAUAGCCUAGUGAAAACUUGCUUCUCUAAAGCUUUGAACAAAAGAUGGAAGGUAAAAGUGGCAGCAUGAAGCAGAAGGCUGUGUGUUACUCUGGAAGUGAUAGUGAAGAAGAUAGAGGAGAGUUGAGUGGAAUUUUGCUGGAGAAGCUGAGCCUUGGGCCGAGGAAGAAACUUCUUGUGUUUGCCCCUGGCGUUUUAUGUCACAGGAUCAGGUUCUUCAAUAAAGAAAAGCCUAAAAAUUGCACUCCUGAUGCUACCUUUGGAAGCAUUUUAGUUUACAAGAGACCCCACUGUGAGGACUUCAUGAAAUUUUGUUUUGAAAGAUUUGAAGGUGGAGUCUGGUCUUCUGCUAUUGAGAAGAACUUGAAUAAUGCUCUUGAUUGUGUUAUGGGAAGAUUGAAAAGCAAGCUUUUGUUUGUUUGGGGACAAGAAUAUUGUACUGAUUCAGGAUUUAAGACCUUGGAGAACAGUAACAAGCCUGUUUUCUUGAAAGAAGUGAAGAAACUCUGGGAGGAAAUUGGUAACUCCUCCAGGAAUAAAUAUUCUCUGUUGAACACUUUGUUGAUUGACGAUGAGCCUUAUAAGGCUCUUCUGAAUCAUCCACAUUCUGCCAUUUUCCUUAAUGAAUACAAGGCAGGCGAAAAAGAUGUUGAUGAUGUUUUAGGUCCCAAUGGAGAGCUUCGUCAAUUCUUGUAUGGCCUCGCCGAAACAGAUGAUGUCCCUUCAUAUGUGAAGGAGAACAACCUUGGAAUCGGACAGCCUGCUAUUACACCUAGUCAUCCUGAUUGGCGUUUCUACUCCAAGAUUAUUAAAUUUUGGAGUGGGAAGGAUUGAUUGGCUAUAGUGUAUUUUGGUAUUUUUACGCCUACUAUGUUUUCCGUCAAUGACAAAUGUUGUCUUGUUUCCUUU